AUGUUUGCCAAGUGGGCUCGCACAGCACAUGCUCCUAAAGCAUUUUGGAUUGGGGCAUUCACAUUCCCUACUGGAUUUCUCACAGCCGUACUACAAACUUCCGCGCGACAAAACAGUAUUUCUGUGGACGGUCUGAGUUGGGAGUUCACAGUGCAAAACACUUCCGACCCAAAUCUGCUGGCAGCUCCAAAAGACGGGGUCUAUGUGUGCAACCUACACUUACAAGGUGCGGGCUGGGAUAAAAAAGCUGCUUGUCUAGUUGAAGCCACUCCAAUGCAGUUAGUCUGUCCUAUGCCAACAAUUCAUUUUAAACCGGUGGAAAAUAAGAAGAAGUCCAUGAAAAAUAUCUAUAUUGCACCGUGCUACUACUAUCCUAAUCGUGCGGGAACAUCUGAUCGACCCUCAUUCAUGAUUGGAGUUGAACUGAAAACGGGAGAAAAACCACCGGAACAUUGGACGAAACGCAGUACCGCUUUGCUUAUGAGCCUAGAUACAUGA